UAGAAAUCUGUGGGAGCAUCUGCUAAAGAUUUGGUGGUAAUUUAAACAUAAUGAAGCUCUUGUGUUUCACAGUUUUACUUUUCUCAGCAGUAGCUGUUCGUCCUGAUGAUGAGUGGUUGGUGAUAGAAAACCCAGGAGAAGAUGGAGGGUCAGGAGGAGACUGGCCAGAGCAGCAUCCUGGACAUCCAGAAUGGUCAGAUGAGAUGCCCACUGGGUUCCCAAACAAACCACCCAAAACACCAGGAAAUGAAAAUCCACAGACACCCAUCCAAGAGACUUAUGGGAGUGACAGCCAGCCAGAAGAAGGACAGGCUCCAGAUUUUGCCUUCAGUCCUGAUGGAGCUGGAACUUCUGCUCCUCUGCUGAUCAGACACAGACGUGGACGUGGACAUGGACACAGAGGUGGACCCAGAGGUGGACGUGGACGUGGACACGGAGGACCUUCACGAUAUCCAAAUUACAUCCCACAGUGGUUGAAGGACCUUCUUAAGCUUCUCCUGACGACUACAGCUGCACCUGCAACUACUACAACAGCAGCUACAACUACAACUGCAGCUACAACUACUACAGCUGCAGCGACUACUACUACAACUGCAGCAACUACUACUACAACUGCAGCGACUACUACUACUACUGCUGCUCCAUGAAUGAAUCACACUAGAUCUGCUGUUUUAUGCCAGUUGACAUGUCUUCAUCAUUCUGCAGCAGUUUGGUCAAACUUGGAUUAAAAAUCACUUUAUAUGUUCACUGCUAAAUACACAUGCUCUGCACUUAUGUUGACUAAAUGAAUGAUUUUUAUCCUCUAAAAAUGUGUGUGCUAAGUAUAUAUUAUCACAAACCAGCAUAAAAUAAAGCCCAUUAGUCACAUCCAGUUUCAACAUCUUUUCUGUUUCCCAACAUGUCUGUCUGUGGUCAGAGUGAGCCACCACAUACAUGGUUUCACCACAUUUCACAUUGUUAAUAAAAAUAUAAACCCACAGCCCACUCGGACAGCUGAUUGGACGACUGAGGGGUUGAACUGUCUUUAAAAGUGACCCUGUACAGA